GCGACAAGGAGGCUCUUCGCUGUCUUUCCGGCCAACUUGGCUGAAGUACACUAGGACGACGCCGACUGCUGAGUAAAGUUAGUGCCCUGCUGGUGUCCAAGUCCCCGCAUGGCUCCCAGCGCCCAGUUGAAGGAGGCAAUAGCCGAUGUGCAGGAGGGGAUCCGCGCUGUCCUGCUCGGGCCGCCCGGAGCGGGGAAGGGGACUCAGGCUCCUCGACUAGCAGAGCAGUACUGUGUCUGCCACCUGGCCACAGGAGACAUGCUGAGGGCCAUGGUGGCGUCUGGCUCCGAGCUCGGCAAGAGGCUCAAGGAGACCAUGGAUGCAGGCAAACUGGUCAGCGAUGAGAUGGUCGUGGAGCUCAUAGAAAAGAACCUGGACACACCGCCGUGUAGGAACGGGUUCCUCCUGGACGGCUUCCCCCGAACGGUCAAACAGGCAGAGAUGCUGGAUAACUUGUUGGACAAGAGACACGAGAGGCUGGACUCUGUGAUUGAGUUUGCUAUAGAGGACUCCCUGUUGGUCCGCAGGAUCUGUGGCAGACUCAUCCAUCAGCCAAGUGGCCGCUCCUACCACGAGGAGUUCAACCCCCCCAAAGCGCCCAUGAAGGAUGACGUGACCGGCGAGCCGCUCAUCCGCCGCAGCGACGACAACGAGAAGACGCUGCACUCGCGCCUGGACGCCUACCACCGGCAGACGGCCCCCCUGGUGCAGUACUACAGCGCCCGGGGCCUGCACACGGCCAUCGACGCCUCGCUCAACCCCAACGUCGUCUUCGCCUCCAUCGUAGCCGCCUUCACCGCUGCCACGGAGGUCCCGGCCCGUGCCACCGCCUGUAAAGACCAAGUGUUCUUCAUUUAAAGUUUCUUUCCCGUAAUCCUCCUCCCCGCGUUCUUUUCCCCCUCAGUGGCAACAGAAUGUAACUGUAUGUGUGAACCUGGAAUUUGGACACUGAGCCUUUUGAAGAUCCAGCAGAUUGAAGCAACUCCGUCCCUGUUGUAGAAACAGACGAGAUUGCAUAGUUGUCUGUUCUUCAUCCACAUUCAAGACAAGGAGGCAGAACUGAUCCAUAAGCACUCGGCACCUGCUGCUGCUUCCUCUGCUUUUCUCUGUAGACCAGUCAAAUGUGAGCUUUUGACAUUUGGAAGUGACACACUGUUUCCUUCGCUGAAUGGUCGGCUAUUGUUGAACUAAUGACUUUGGCCUUCUUACUUCAGUGUCUUUGAUUCUCGCACUCCAGUGGUGGAUGUUUUGUUUGUCCUCAUUUUAUUCUUAAAGUGGAGACAUGAGAGGCAUCAGACAUGCACUGUCAAACCUGCCAGUCAUUUCAAAUGCACCUCACAGAAUCAAAUUCCUUUUAUUCGUCCCCUCCAACAAUAGUUGUAAGAGGGAAAAUCAAGGAUCCAUGAAAUGAUUUAACCGUUUUAUCCACGGAGCCACAGCUUCAUGCUGCAACAGGUUUGUUUCAGACAUUAGCUGCUAUUAAACUAAAGGCACUGAAGCAGGUUUCAGUGCUGCUGAUGCUUCGUUGUGAGACCUCGAGUUCAGCACAAAUGAACGAAAAGGUCCAAAUGUCCAGUUUCCUCAAACUCUGGGACUUUCCUUUUGUUUAUUAUCCUCUUUCUGCUGGACUCAUGAUUGAGCUUUGGACGUUACAUCAGCGACACUGCCUCGAUGUGUCUGAUGUGACCUACUCUCUUAUCAGUCAUUAGAACAGACCACCCGUUGUUUUCAUGGAGCUGAAACUUUGACCCUGGCCUGAUUAAUGUGACAUCAUCUCAGACCACUGCACACUUGUAAGUGAUCACCAGCAACCAGCUGCUGUGAUUUUCCACAGGCGUUGUCUGUUAUUGCUCAUUGCUUUGUCUAGAAUUUAAUUAGAUCCAACUGCAUUCCUUGGAUGAGUUAACUUGUCUGGAUCUGUGGGAGAAUUCAAAUUUGAUACUGGAUCGUACUUCACCCUGUUGUGUACAUGAGGAAGUAACAGGCAGGCGAAGUCAAAAGCUCCAGGUUUAAUAUGUCACUUGGUUAAGUCAAAGUUCAUCCAACUCUCAUAAUAAUAAUAAUACAGCAGUUUAUUUUCUCUUGUUUCUGGUGUAAAGUAGUUUCUUUGCGUCGCGAUCCUGUCAGACCUCGUGCUGCUAACGCUGACGUCGCAGCUUGUACAAACUGAAACGGGACGAGGAGCGAAGCCACAGUCGACGUUCAGACACUGUUUUGUGUUGUUUUUCCUUUUUGUUGCAGUGAAUUCCACUUUCACCGCUUUGUUCACGGCACCACUUUGACUGAUGCUUCCUGUCACAGUGAACAUAAAGGAGGAAAAAACACUGGGAGUGAAGCAUUUGUCAGACGCCUUGGCUUUGUUUUGUGGCUCUUCCUGUGACGGUGGUUGUGGAGAUUCGUCCUUGGCUCGUGUUCCUCUCCCACCUGCUGGUUUCCUCCCUGCUCUGUAGUCACCUGGUGUUUGUGUUCAGUGGAAACAUCUUGCAUGCAGACUGUGUUUCCUGCACCUUCCCUUGAAUACUGAUGUGUUUCUGUUCUCUUGGGGCUGUUGUGAUGAAAAACAAAAGCAGAUGCUGAGCGCUCCCAGAAGGCACAUUUCAGGCUUUUAUUGGCACAAUCAGACAAUUUCAUGCUAGAU